UGAGAACCUUAACCUCAAACCUGUGUCUCCUAACCUCAACGUCAAAAUAUAACCUGUAAUACGAGGCUCAAUUUAAAUAAAUAUUUAAUACCUUCUUAUUUUAUUCAUAUUACGCAAAAAAUUACUUUGAUUAAAUUAAUAUAUGUUAAAUCGUCAAAGGAAUAUAUUUUUUAAAUGUAAUGCCAGAGUGGAUACGUUGAAAUCUGUAUGAGCUACUAAGUAAUCUAUCUGUAUGUAAUCUACUAUGAGCCAAACAAGUAAUUGUAUUGAAGGAUUGAAGGCACAAAAUGGCAAAAGUAGUUCACAAGUUUUACACAAUGAAUGCAAUUGGUUUUAUCUUGACAAACCAGCUAUAGAAUAUUACAAUUUGGAAAACGUUCAGAUUAUAAGUUACGGAGAACUGAAAAUUGCGAAAGAAAUAGUUUCUAGUCAUUUGAAAUGUAUAGCGUGUUCUGAAUUUAUUGGUAUUGACUUUGACAUUUUGGAGUACUGCGUGCCUUCAUUAAUGCUUGGAAUCCUCGACAGCGGACAUGCUUUCUUCAAUGUACCAACAGAUUCAUUGGCAUGCACAGAGAUAUUUACUUCUUUAAAUGUGAAAUAUAUUUUUACAACAUCUGUAAUACCCAACAGAAAAAUCAUACGUCAAUUCGACAUUCAUGGACAGCCGGUAUAUUUGACAAAAUUGGUAGACGUCCAAGAAACUAGUAAAAAGUGGUAUCACUUUGCGUAUGCGAUUACCACUUCAGGAUCAACUGGAACACCAAAAGUUGUCAAAGUACCCCACGCCUGUAUAUUACCUAAUAUUAGGGAUUUAAAGAAAAUCUUGGAUGUAACGAGUUCCGAUAAAAUUGCACAACUGACAAAUUUUACUUUUGAUCCUAGUAUCAUUGAAAUUUUCUUAAGUCUUUGUAGCGCUGCAACUCUAUUUAUGGUUUCGAAAGCAUUAAAAAAUGAGGCUGUUAGGCUCUUGGAGAAAAUAUUUCAUGCUCGUGUAACAGUUCUUCAAAUCACUCCAUCGCUUCUCCUCCAUCAGUGGUCUACCGAACGCUUGAGAACAACAAUCCUAGACAAAGAUUCGAGACUAAGAGUUCUUCUUUUGGGUGGAGAACCGUUCCCCAGCAUGAAAUUGCUUUCGAAAGCUAGUCAUCCGCAGAAUACGACACGAUUGUUUAACAUCUACGGUAUAACCGAAAUAUCGUGUUGGUCUAGCAUUAGGGAAAUUGUCGAAAACGAUGUAGAUGAGCCUUGCCUAGGUGAACCUUUAUCGGAAACUAUAUUUCAAAUCAGAAAUGAAGAUGAAGUAAUAAUUAAGGGCGAUGGCACUCUUUAUAUCGGAAGUACUACUAGGAUUUGCAUUGUUGGAAAUGAAACUGAGGAUCUGGAUAAGCCAGUUUUUCGCGAUACUGGCGACAUUGUUUCCGCAGACGAUCAACGUAGAAUAUUUUAUAGAGGAAGACGAAAUAAUAUUGUAAAAAGAUUUGGAAACAGGGUGAACUUGCGAGAGCUCGAGAGAGUCGCGACGGAAUUGAGUUUCGUACGAAAUUGUGCUACAUUUUGGGAUGCAGGGAAUCACAAAUUAUAUCUAUGUUUGUCGACUACAAAUACGAAAGAGGAAUCUUCUAAAUUGAGAGAUGAUAUAAUGCUGCACUUAAAGAUAUUACCAUCGACCUGUAAGCCCGACAAGAUAAUCAUAGUAGAACGUUUUAACUUUACUGCUAGUGGAAAGAUUUGCCAGGCAUCACUGAGAGAAAUAUGUACGAACUCCGAAACAGAAGUUGUCAGUGUAAAUAACUCGCACGUUAACGCGUAUGAGAUCUUUGAAAACUUGUGGUGUAAUCAUGUAAAAUCUAGAGACGACGCUGGCUUUUUAACGUCAGGCGGUACAUCAAUAGCAGCACUUCAGCUCUCAAGCGCUGCCGCUCAAGCCUUUAAUAUGGAAUUUCCUGAAUUGAUUGGUAUGUUACUGAAAGACUUUACAUCCGACAAGUGCGUUCAUUAUAUCAGGAGUAUUUUAAUUGGUCGAGAUAGCGACAAAGCUGUCGGACAUUCCAUCGGUAUGCCUUUUAAUAAGAUAUUUAAUAAGGAUACCAAGAAAACACUUAAUACAGAAAAUUGUAUGAUAAAACAAUCAUCACAAAAGAAUUUACUGUUAUCAAAUGAGGAGCAUCCUUAUCAGUGGUACAAAUGCAGGGGAAAGACUUAUGGCGAUACAUUAACGAAAGAAGAAAAUAUCAAAUCUCUCUUAGAAAAUAUAUCGAGCGUUGAAGUAUUAGCAACUUAUAAUUUGCAGAAGUGCGUCGAUGCCUCGCCAACUGUAUACCGUUAUUCCGUAGAAGAAUUGCACGCAACGGUCGCUUCACAUUCCGGCAUUAUAUGUACUGCUAAUUUACUCAAAACCGAUGUGUCGUAUGAAAUAAAACUACCAGACAGAAUAGAAGCUUCUGUUUUAGUUCUAGCCAAUUUUCACGGAAUUGUAGGCUGUUACGAUGGAUACAUUUACUGCGUCCAUUUAAAGACUGGUGACAUAAUUUGGAAAUUUCAAACACAGGACAUGAUUAAAUGCACGGCGAUAACAUGUAUGCAAGGGAGCAAAAUAUUUGUGGGUUCUUAUGACUGCCAUGUAUAUUGUCUCUCGACGGAGAAUGGUACUCAAAUUUGGAAAACUAAAGCGAGCCAAGGUGGAAUUUGUGCUACCGGUUGCUUGCAUCAGCAGUCGACUUCAGUUCUUUUCGGGACAUUAGACGGCUCGUGCCUGGCCUUACAGCAAUCUUCGGGACGUGUCAUAUGGUACCGUAAACUGCACGAUCCGAUAUUCGUCGCGCCUGUCGUUCUCCGGACUGGAUACGCUUUAUUUUGUUCUGUAGCUGGUACCCUGUAUUGUUUCGAUAUCGAAACUGACUGCCAGAUGUGGCGGUAUGUGAUAUACGGCAAUGUAUUUUCGUAUCCUGUGAUAUGGACUACCAAGUCUACGAACGACGAGCACGUCAUACUAGCUAGUCAUAAUAAAAAUCUGUAUUGUCUCGAAGUGCCACGAAGGACUGUUGACGAAAACGAGCCCAAAUUGAGAUACAUGUUACAAAUGCAGUCGCCUAUUUUCGCGACCUCUUGGUGCGAAGAUGGAUACAUGUUUGUGGUAUGCACAGACGGCAUCUUCAAAGUAUUCGAUCUUCUAGAGGGCAAAUUGUUAGCGACCAAGCAACUUCCCGGCGAAACGUUUUCUUCGCCGGUCGUUCACAACGAUCUCGCAGUUUUGGGAUGCAGAGACAACAAUCUAUACGUUUUGAGACUUGGUUAAAUGUGUGAUACUUUAUAUGAAAAUUCAUAACUGAACGCGACUAGUCGUAUAUUAGAUUCUUCACAUCCGUCGAUGUGUUAAACAAGAUUAGAUCGGAAUUGCAAAGAUACAUGGUUAAUACAAUAUCGUUUAUUCCAUUCAGCUCUCGUGUUACAAGUUGAUGGAUAAUGACGUAUCUGUUGCAGUUGAGACAAGUGUUUGUUAUCUGAGUAUACCCGUUUCCCAUCGGAUUUUCAUACGUAAAGUGAAAUUGCGUGUGCCCAUCGUAACCCAUGCGAGAGUGCAAGCAAAACGUGAUUCUAGGAAAACGGCCGUUUUUUCGUUUCUUCUUCUUCUUCGUACAUAUGCCGUUAAAUGAAAUUGAUCGAUGUGCAUGCGAAUGUUCGCGCUCACUUGUCCCCUUUCCUUAUCAGGUAACGAUACAAUAAUGAUUUAUUAUGCAAGUGAAAUAGUCCAGAAUCUCAAGCUCACACGAAACAACAAUAUUUCAACGACUCCAUUUUCUCAUAUUUAUAUAUAUAUAUAUGUAUACAUAUCUUUUUUGUAAUAUAUAAUAUAUAUACUAUAUAGAUCUAUAAUAUAUCUAUAAUGAAAUGCUUGGCCGCUCCGGAUAUCUUUCUUCGUUUCAACGAAUCAACCUUCGUUUCUUUUUUUUUUUCGUUUUUUUUUUCUCCCUCCCAUUUGCCGUCGACUUUGUCUCAAGCGUGUAUGGGCAUGCGACUUCCCUAUUCCUAAUUUUGUCUCUGAACGUACGUUGAAGAUAUCUAAUCGUGCUAUUGAUAGAUAAGACUUGUUUCCUAAACGAGCGUUUCUUGAACAAAUGUGAAAGAUGAAACAUACAAUUGUAUACGCGAGUAUGCGCAUCGAGUAACGCAUCAUAUCUUGUUACUUCCUAAUUUUGCUACACGGUCAAUAUGCAAGGAAAAAAGCAACGGAAUACCUUCGGCCACCGUUUGGCAUUUCGUAUAAAACUAUAUCAUUGCUCGACUAAUUUGUUCGAAACGAUAAAUGCAACUUAAAUAACCUAAAACUAACGUCGAAAUAUGGGCAAAUUUUUUCAAGAUGCAAAACAACCGAGU